GUGAAUUUGAUUCUUCUUGCACUGCAAUCACCACAUCCUUGUCUUCAACAGGCGCCUUGUAUACUAAUUAGUACAUAGCAGCAAUGUCUGGCAGAUUUACACGUCUCAUUCGCUUUCUGGCCAAAGACGGCCGCACAUACUACGGCGAUGCCAUCCUUCCCCAGGGAGUGAGCGACAUCGCCAAAGCCCAGCGCGCGCGCAUUAUUGAAGGAGACAUCUUUGGCAGGUAUCACGUUACAGACCAAGAAGUUGGCGUGCGUCUGUUGCUAUCUCCAUUGGCCCAGUCUCAGGUGAAGACGGUGCGAUGUUUGGGGCUCAACUACGCCAAACAUGCCAAAGAGUCGAACAUGCCGGAGCCAAAAUAUCCCGUCCUGUUCUACAAGCCCAUCACAGCUCUGUCCGGCCCAGCUGACCCGAUUCCUGUCCACUCAAUGGCGCAAGAAGGAACUGGGCUGGACUACGAAUGUGAGCUCGUCGUGGUGAUUGGCAGGCGGUGCUCGGAUGUGUCUGAGGCCGAUGCGCUCAAUUACGUUCUUGGAUAUUCCGUGGGCAACGAUGUGUCCCACCGAGACUGGCAGAUCAAGCAUGGAGGAAGCCAAUGGUCUCUUGGUAAGGCCUUUGACGGCUGGGCACCUUUUGGCCCGGCCAUCGUGACCGGCGAUGUUAUCAAGGAUCCGCAGACUCUGAAUAUCUGGACCAAGGUUAACGGGGAAACCGUUCAGGAUGGAAACACCUCGGACAUGAUAUUCGGCGUACGACAGAUGAUUUCUUUCCUGAGCCGCGGCGUGACUCUCAUGCCCGGCGAUGUCAUCUUUACGGGCACUCCCGAGGGCGUAGGCAUGGGUCGGAAGCCACAGGUAUGGCUCAAGGAUGGAGACGUCGUGGAAGUUGGACUCGACAGUGUCGGCACGUGUACCAACAGAGUGGAAUUCGAAGCUCCCAAAGCCAAGAUAUAGUCGGGAUAUGGGAGGAGGAAGCAAAGACUCUGAUUACAAGCACUGGCAGAGUGGCUCGUAGGAUGGGAUGCGACAUGCCUUGCUGCUAGGCAACAAUUUGGGAGCC